UGCAUUGUAUAGAUGAGUUCGUCAAGUGGCUGUGAAUCGCCGGGGUCCGGUGCUGGGAAAACUGCAAAUUCCCAAUUAUUUAUAGUCCGAGAAAUCGAAAAACGACCUGAAUUACUAUCAAAAUCUCAGUUACCAAAUGAAAAAGCAAAAAAAGAAAAAUCCUUACUGGAGGUGGUGGAAUUGUAUGAAGUCCACUUAGGGCUUCGCAUCAGCCAACAACAGUUGAAGAAAAAAAUUAACAAUAUGAAAUCGCGGCUCAAGAAAAAGACCGACAAACAGAAGACCGGAAACAAACGCAUUACUUUGCAUGAGUGGGAGAAGAUCUUGUAUAAGAUACUUGAAGGAGAUGAUAAUCCAACAAUCAACAAAAUUCCGGAACCUGCUGUAGCAGGUAUGGCGAAAAGGGCACAAGAAUGUGAGCCCAAACACAGAGAGGAAAAGAAUUGUGAAAAGAGUAGACGUUCUCCCGAGCCCAAGAAGUCAAAACUUUACAACUACGAGACUGAGGAAACACACAGUUUAACCACAACGGAACUACAAAGACUUGUGUUGUUGGAGCAACUAAAAACCGCAAGGAUGCAAAGAGAGUAUAUUUUGAAGAAAAUGGAACGACUGGAAUAAACUGACAGUGAUAAUAUGUGUAUUAUACCAAAUAAACGAUAUUUAACAAUGCA